UUGAGCGUUCCGCGCGCCCCAUGGAGACAUCGGCGUUCCGCGCUCUCGCAAGGCAUCUCAAGGCCACGCUCUCCUCUUCUUCUCUGCCUCCUCUGUUCUCUCCCCUCCGGCGCCGCCCCUCCAAAACCCUACUCCCUCUCGCGCUCCCUGGCUGUCGCCUAUCUAGUGCGGCUUCCCUCCUCCGCUCCGCCGCCGGAGAUCGCCUCGCGAGGCUCUUCUCGUCCAUCUCUUCCGACCAGGAUCUCGAGUUGCGGGAGGGAAAGGAGUCCCCCUCGUCGCGCUCCGCGGAAGACGAGUACAAGGACCCGCUUUUGCAGGCCCAGCAGGAGAAACAGAGCCGAUUCGUCCCCGUCAAGGCCUACUUCUUAUGUACCAGCAUUGAUUUGAGGAGCCUGCAGGCCCAGAACGCGACCAACGUCAUUCCGCCUUCCUCUCGUGCCACCAAUUACGUUGUACUCCGAUACUAUGAUGUUAAGAACGGUCCUCAGGUAAUGGAGACUGGUUUUCCAACUGAAAGCAUUUGUCGGUAUAUGGUAGUGUUUCAUUAUGGUUCUACCGUGUUGUUUAAUGUUUCUGACCAUGAAGCUCAGGGGUAUCUGAAGAUUGUUGAAAAAAAUGCUUCCGGACUGCUACCAGAGAUGAGAAAGGAUGAUUAUGCAGUAGUUGUAAAACCAAAUCUGGAGACUUGGAUGCAGGGUGGAGUCGACUAUAUAGCGCUUAAGUCUCUGGACAUAGACGGUGUACGUACCAUUGGAAGUGUUCUUGGUCAAAGCAUUGCUCUGGAUUACUACAUCCGACAAGUUGAUGGUAUGGUUGCAGAGUUCACAGAUAUUAACCGUGGUUUGGAGAAAACUGGAACAUUUACCAUGAAAAGGAGAAAGCUCUUUCAGUUAGUGGGGAAAGCAAAUUCUAAUCUCGCUGAUGUCAUUCUUAAACUAGGGCUUUUUGAGAGGUCAGAUAUCGCCUGGAAGAAUGCUAAUUAUGCACAGAUAUGGGAGUACCUACGGGAUGAAUAUGAGCUAACACAGAGAUUUGGAAAUCUUGAUUUUAAGUUGAAGUUUGUUGAGCAUAAUAUUCGUUUCCUCCAGGAUAUUCUUCAGAAUAGGACAUCCGUUUUUCUGGAGGGCCUAAUCAUUCUUUUAAUUACUGUGGCGAUCCUCAUUUCUGUGUAUAAUGUCUUUUGUCAUCCAACACCAAGAAUUCUGCAGCCAAAAGCAGGCACUCCGAAAAUUGUUGAAGGAUCUGCCUACUACAGCAAUUAGAUCUGUGAUAUGAUUCUUAUUUAAGCAGUAGGCUUUUGGAUCUUUGUAUAGCUUGCUUGGAUACCAUUACUGACUUGCUAUAAAAUAGUAGAUCAACUUUAAAGCUAA